AUGGAUGGAUGCCCUAUAAGGAAUACAGACUUUAAUUUCAAUAUUCUCAUUUUAAACUUUCACAGCUAUUGUCUGGUGAGGAGAAGCAACAGCCUUCCUUUUUGGGAAUUUGGUUACUAUCAGAAACUGUUUAAUGUUGACACAGUUCAAGUGCUAAGGAGAAUUCUCUGGUCAAUGAUACCCCUUCCAGGUCAAGCCACUUACUUGCAUCACCACAUUAAGCCUAAUCCUGAUUUGUACGGUCCAUUUUGGAUCACUUCAACACUAGUCUUCAUCACAGCAAUUGGUGGCAACAUGGCCAACUACUUGCAAACUGUGGGGGUACGGAAUCAGAUCUGGCAUUAUGACUUCCAUAAAGUGUCUUUUGCUGCAACAGCAGUAUACUCUUAUGGCUUUCUUCUUCCACUGAUGUUAUGGGGACUUCUACAAUACAGAGGAAGUGUUGCCAAUUAUACAUUCCUGGAGAUCCUCUGUGUUUAUGGCUAUUCUUUGUCUAUUUACAUUCCAAUUUCAAUAUUGUGGGUAAUUCAAGUAGCAUGGUUACAGUGGCUUCUUGUGAUUGUUGGAACAGUGUUGUCUGGAUCUGUACUUCUUUUGACGUUCUGGCCGGCUCUUAAAAGUGAUAAUCUUAAGGUAGCCAUACUGGUUUUGUUGUUGAUCUUGCUUUUCCACACACUUCUUGCUGUAGGAUUUAUGAUUUAUUUUUUUAUAGCAAGUCACAGUAUGGCUCCUGUAGACACUACAACUACUACUGCCUUUCUAAAAAGUACAACUAGAUUAUCAGUUAAUGAACAGCUUUCAACUAUUAUCUCAUCAUUGGGAAGUAGCCCAUCGAUCGUGAUAAAGAAUGCAAUUCAUAAAACACUUAAUUCUACAAACUAAUUGGAACUGCAAUCCAGCGUGAAGCAAAGGCUGAUACACAAAUCUUUAAAGUUGUGAAAAUGAAACUUGAGGGUUCUGCUUUGAAAACCUUUGAACAUCAAAUAAAAGAUUUGUAAAAUCAACAGAGUUUCACCAAUGCUCACCAUUUUGUUGAAAAAGGAAUACUAUGUCUCACAGUGAGCUUAAAUAAUUUGAAUUUUGUGGUCUUUAAUUCACUCCAACUUUCUUCCUUUGGUGUAAAAGACUUGUUGAUCAAUUGUGAAAGUUUAUUUUUAAACACAAGCACAAAAGAAGAGUGUAUUGAGCAAAGUGUGUUUUUUUUUUUAAUUGAAAACUGGGCUAGUCAAAGUUUUACCACAUUUCUGACCAUGUUAUUUAAAAGCCUUCAAAGAUGUAAAGAUAAAUUUUGUCAGUGAAUAAAAUCUUCCAUGUGUUUGA